AUGUCCACCCCAAAACCACCAACGCCCUCGUCCACGGCAAGCCUCCAAAACGACAUCCCACCGCUCACCACGCUCCUGCCGGCCAUCUUCGUCCCCGUAACAGGCGCCUUUUUCACCCACACGCCGCCGCCGGCCACGCGCGCCGCCCAGAUCCGCGAGUCCAUGGCCGCGCUGGACGCGCACUCGGCCCACGUGCGCGCCAACAUCCUCGCGCUGACGGAGCAGGAGGUCGCCAGCGCCGCGGACAAGGCCGCCAUGGUCGCCAACAUGCAGGCGCCGUGGGAGCCCGGCGCGGACAGGGAGCUGCCGCGGACGCCUGACUUUUCGGGCUGGCUCGUCUCGGGACCCCGCGAGUGGGGGGAGAGGGAGGUGCUGAGGACGGUGGCCAGGACCAUGGCCGACUUGAAGGGGUUCGGGGAGCACGUCGGGAGGGUGAGGGCCCGGUAUGAGGAGGCGCUGGAGAGGGAGGAACGGAGGGAGCGGGAGCGUGAGCGGGAACGCGACGAGGAGAAGUAA